GCAACACUCAGUUCAAAAUAAAUCUGAUUAUCAUCAUCACAUCUUUUACUUCAAGUUUUACAGAGUUUGAGUUCAGUUUGGCUCCAACAGGACCUUUAAACACCGAGGCAGCAAAGCAUCAUACAAGAUCUGACGUCAAACUUUAAUAUGAGACAAGUGACUGUUCACCUCCUCCUCCUCUUCCUCUUCCUCCUCCUCCAUCCUCUGACCUCAGAAGACCUGGAGGAGAAUGAAGAUGAGGAGGCGAAUGAAGUUCAGGUGGAGGUCAUAGUUGACAGCACCCCCUGCAGCAUCACCUGUGGGCUGGGGGUUAGAACUCAAACCCUGUGUUUAAUGAGAGAUGGAAAUACGGCCAUAGAGGACGAUGGGAGGAGUACAGGGGGAACAGAGGUGUCGGAGGAGUGUCGUGUCCGUACGGUGAACUGUGUGGAGUCGUGGCAGUGUGGACUCAGGACCAUGACUGUGACUUCAGGACAGAAAGUGGAGAUCGACUGUCUGGGAGAAGUCAUGAAGGAGAUUGGGAGGUUCUCCUGGAGGGUGUCGUGGCGUUACGCCCGAGGAAUAAUCAGCUCCGAUGACUCUCUGUUUAGUCAGUGGGAAGCUCCUCUGCUGGACCGGCUGAUUCUGGACCCCGUCAGGGAGGAGGACGCAGGUACGUAUAGCUGCGUCGUGCAGGACGCCGCCUACCGCAGGGUGAAGAUGGUUUACUGGGGGAUCCGGGUUUUGCCUGUCGGCAUUCUCAAUCUGGACUACGAAAGCUCUCUGGCCCAGUGGGACUCCAGUGGAAACCAGCCGAACCAGAGCGUGUCAGACCACUGGGUGGCUUUUCUCUGCACCAUGCUGAUCGUUGUGAGUCUGGUAGUGGUCGGUGCUGGACUGAUGCUGGUUCCUCUACUGGACAGUGAAGAUGAGGAAGAUCAGGCAGUUUGACUGAUCCAUCGCUCACCGCACAAACAAUUAAAGCUUCAGUAGGCAGAA